GUGGCGAGAUGGGAAUAAUAUUUCAGUCUAUCUGAUUAAUUAAAUAAAGUUUUAAACUGUAUACAAUAGACAUUUAAUUUACAAAAGCGUCAUUAUAACAAAACUAGUGACUAUCUUAAUAAAUCAUUGAAUAACCUGCAAAACAUUUAUUAUUUCUAGUGGGUGCCUAUCUGAUGUGGCCCAAUCAUGUUACAGUACAUAGACUCAUUUGUAAAGUGCAAUUUGAACUAUUAGUUUCACUUCUUCGAUAAUCAUUUGAAGCCAGCCGUAUUUUCUUUUUACUAUGGCUUAUCAAACUUUGCUCCAAGAGUACAUGCUUAUUCCUCCUGUAACUCGAGCAUAUACCACUGCUUGUGUUGUCACAACAUUGGCUGUGCAACUAGACCUAGUGUCACCAUUUCAAUUAUACUUUAAUCCUAUUCUAAUUCUCAAAAGAUAUGAAUUAUGGAGACUCAUAACAACAUUUUUAUUCUUUGGAAAUUUAGGAUUCAAUUUCUUUUUUAACAUGGUAUUUACAUAUAGAUACUGCAGAAUGCUUGAAGAGGGAUCAUUUAGAGGCAGAACUGCAGAUUUUAUUGUUAUGUUUGUUUUUGGAGGUGUCUUGAUGAUUAUGUGUGCUUUCUUCGUUAAUUUAUUAUUUUUAGGUCAAGCAUUUACUAUUAUGAUUGUUUAUGUGUGGUCGAGGCGCAAUGUGUUUGUGCGCAUGAACUUCUUUGGACUAAUGAAUUUUCAGGCUCCAUACCUACCAUGGGUGUUACUGGGAUUUUCAGUCUUACUUGGCAAUGCAAUAUCUGUUGACCUAGUUGGGAUGGCUAUUGGGCACAUUUAUUUCUUUAUGGAGGAUGUAUUACCUCGUCAAAGAGGAGGUCAAAAGUUUCUUAAGACACCAAAAUUUCUGAAAAAGCUUUUUGAUACCCAAGAACCAGAAUACGAACCAUUACCAGAACUAGACAACAUUCGCCCAGGGGGAUUUGAUUGGCGUCGUCGUCCAAAUGAACGUGAUAAUGAUGAAAAUGACAGAUAAAAGUAAUCAAGUACCAAAAUUAGAUUAUAAAUAUGAAAGCCAAAAU